UACAUGAAAGUUGUAAGUACAGAAAGUAGGAGUAACUAAGCGGUAAAAUAAAGAAAGAAACAACUUCUACCAUUAUUCUAACUAACCUUUUUUUCUCCCUUCUUCUAAAAGAAGUAACAAAAAGUUAAUUACAGUAAUUAGUCUUCAUCUUUCACCACUUGUACCAUCCCCUCACCAAAAAACAGAGGGAUUGUUGGGGUAAUUAAAGUUUACUUGUCCUUUAAUCUUUGUAUAUAUGUUCUUCUUCUCUGAAAUCCUUUCUCCUUCUAUAUAAUCAUCAAUAACUAAUAUCCUCUUGAUCAUUUCUUACCUAUAUCUAGACAACAUGCAUCCUUUUCUUUUUGUUUUUUGGUUCUGUCGAGGUUGUCGUUUUCUUUCCCCCGACAAAUCAGCACGCUGCAGAGGGGUUCGUGAACGGAUUGAAGAACUGAGGCUUUUGAGCAAUGGAGAAGGCGCUAUUACCAUCAGAACCACCUCCACGAUGAUGAUCAGCGCCACCGGCGGUGGAAGCUGCCGGGGCAACAGAUCCGGCGGCGGGGCCACCGACCCUCUCGCAAGAGGGGCACAUAGAGAGGGUGGCCGCCGGCAUGUGCAUGUAAAACUGCGCCGCCGCCGCAGCUGCGGCCUGCGGUGGUGGCAGUUUGAGAGCCUUCAAAUCCUGAAGCUCCUUGUGCAGCCUCCUGUUCUCGUCGGUCAGCGUCUCGCAACACUUCUUCAGGAACUCACAAUCCACCUCCGUCUGCUUCAGUUUCGUCCUGUGCCGAAUUCCCCCCAAACACGCAAUUUAAUUAGCAAGAAAUCGCCUACUAAUUGAAAAUAAUUGGUCACAGAAUUAUCAUUAGACAACAACUCCUUUUAUUACGUCAGGGAAUACGAAACCUUUUUUCUUUUUUUUUUUCCUGUGUGGGCCUUGUUUUUAUUUCUGGAUGCUAGCCCAGCUAUCCUAGGUUGUGAAACCGAGCUCGUGCCAGACAGACUGUGACUUAACAGAUAACGUAAAUGUACGAUAUUAUAGUUAAAAUAAAACAAUUUAUUCAAUUGGUGUACUACAGUGAAAAUCAGCUGUGAAGUUCGGUUGAAGUUUAGAAAAAAUUUAUCCUACUUAAUUUUGAAAUCGAUACAAUUAUAUAUAAAUGGGUUAUGUCUUCGGUGCACUCACUUUUUUGAAUGCACCCACCUCAUAAUCGUCAUUCUGAGCAGGCGAUUUAUGUGAAAACGAUGUCAAUCAUCACUUGUGGUAUGAUGAACAAGAACCACAUGAAUUUGUACAAAAUCAUUCAAGAUUCACUUUAAUUUGAAUGAUUGAUGGUUUAGGAAUUUAGGGUUAGGGUUUAUAAUUUGGGAUUUUGGGUUGAGAUUCAAAAUUGAAGGUUAAUAGGUAAGGGUAAUUGGUUGAUUAGUUUUGAUUUUGUGUUAUAUCAUCAUAUUAGACUAAUGCAACCCAUUAAAUUUCAAAAUUUGAUGCAUUAUAACCAUUUUUAGAUGUGGGUGCUAUGAAUGCACCAAAAAAGUGCGUGCACCGAAAUAGCCACCUUAUAAAUAUUGUAUACAUUU